GAUUAUUAUAAUUCAAUAUCUCCAAAUUGGUUAUGCAAUUCUACAUUUGUAGAUAAUUCUUUUCCUAUCAAUACUACUACCACUACUCCUACUACUAAUAUUCAUAUAAGUAGUAUAAAUUGCAAUAUGAGUCGUGAUAACCUAAUAACAACACCAUUAUUAGCAGAUUCUAAGGAAUUAUCAUAUAGAAAUAAUAAUCACAAACUAAAUCGGGCAAAAUCCAUACCAAAUCGUAAUUCAAUGAUGAAUUAUAAUAAAAGAUCAAAACGUAAUGAAAAAAGAACUAAACGAAAAAAUCAAUUCAAUCAUAUACGUUUACAUAGUUAUGAUGAAAGUAUAAAAGCUGAUCUAAAUGACAAUUCAUAUUAUGAAGAUGGUGAAUUUGGUACUGAUAUAACAUAUUUACCAUUAAGUGAAUUUAAUAAUUCUAUUGAUCAAUUAAAGAUUUCCAAUAAGACAAUAGUCAGUAAUACUACUACUACUACGACGACGACAACGACAACGAUGACGAUGACGUCGACGACGACGUUGACUACCACUACUACUAGUACUACUAACACUAGUACUAACACUUAUAAUAAUAAUAAAGAAGCUAGUAGAUUAACUGUAGAUGAAGAAGCUAGAAAAGAUCAUUUUAAUUCUUCAUCAUUACCAAUAUUGUUACAUCCAUCAUCACAAAUAGCACACCAAAAGUUAGAACCAUCUUCAACAAUACAAUUACUAUCGCUAUCAUCAUUGCCAACCUCCUCACCAUCAUCAACAUCACCAUCAUUGUCAUCAUCAUCAUCACCAUCAGGUUCAGUAAAACAAAUUACUAAUCCAAAUCUAUUAAUAAACAAUCAUUCUAAUUUGAUAUUAAAUGAUGAUGUAGAUAAAAAUAAAACGAAUAAUUUUCAUUUAUUAAUUGAUUUUCAUGAAGGUUUCAAUAAACAAACAUUACAAAAUGAUCCUUUUCAAAAUCAACAAGAAUUAGCCUUGACAACAACACAAACAAAUUGGACAUUAUUAUUCCCUAAUGUAAUAAUAACAGAAAAUAAUCAUAAACAUGAUCAUAAUCAUAAUCAUUUAUUCAAUGAAUGUAUAACUGAUUGUAUAAAACUGAAUGAUUCUCAAAAAGGAACAUAUCGAACUCCAGUCACUUAUACUUCAGGUAAUAAUGACGUAAUAUCAAUAAACAAUAAAAGUCUACAAAACAAUCCCAUAGCAACAACGACAACAACAACUACAACAACAACAACUACUACUAUUAAUUCAUUAAUCAAUAAUUAUUCUUUACAAAAACCAUAUACAUCCAAUAUUCAUUUUAAUACAAGUCGUUCAAAUAGUGGUCAAACAUUAAUUGAUCAAAAUAUUGAACUAAAAAAUGAUUAUCAUAAUCGAUCUAAAUUAAAUAGAUUAAAAAAAUCAAUAAAACGAAAACAUCGAUCUCAUUCAUUUAUUUAUCAAAAAUCAAUGAAAUCAAUAUCGUCAUCAUCAUCAUCAUCAUCAUCAUCAUCAUCACCAUCAUCAUCAUCACCAUUAUCAUUAUCAUCUUCAUCGAAUUUAUGUUUUAUUAAUUCAUUAAAUCAUUGGUCAAAAUAUCAAUAUAAAAAACAUUGGUCAUUUACAUUUUAUGAUUUUGAAAAUGAACAAAAUCUAAAUGAGGAUGACACUGCAUUAGUACAUUCAGUUUUUGCUGUUGUAGCAGCUCGUCUACGACAAAAACACAAUGGUUCAAAAAGUUUCAUUAAAAAAGUAUCAGAAUAUGAAAAAUUAGGCCAAACUCACCAUAAUAAUAAUAAUAAUAAUAAUAAUAAUAAUAAUAAUAAUAAUAAUAAUAAUAAUAAUAGAAAUAUUCAUGAAAAUAAAUUAAAAUCACAUCAAACCAGUAAACAAAUACAUCAACAUAUCAAAUUAGCUAGUUAUACUUCAAAUGAUCUAACUAAACAACCAAAAUAUAAAGAGAUGAACAAUAAUGAUGAACCACACACAUGGCAUUUAUGUAUUAAAUGGAAUCCAAAUCAUUUAUCAAUACAUGAUCAAAACAAAACUCUUUCUAAUGAAACAACUCAUCAAUUGAAAUUUAAAAAAACACAUAUCCUUGCUACAUUGGGUACAGAAAUUGAUAAAACGUCAUUAUGGAAUAAUAAUAAUAAUAAUAAUAAUAAUAAUAAUAAUAAUAAUAAUAAUAAUAAUAAUAAUAAUAAUAAUAAUAAUAAUAAUUCCAUAGAUUCAUUAAUCGAUUCAGUUAAUAUUCAUAAAUUAGAUCAAAUAGAUCCGGAUCAUAAACGGUUACCACCACCCCCACCACCACAACAACAACAAAAUUAUCCUCAAAACCAUUUCAUAUCACAAUAUAAAGAUCAUAUCAAUCAAAAAUCAAUAAUUUGUCCUAUUUGUCAACAUUUAAUUGAUCAUAAUUCUAAAAAAUCAAUUCUAUCAGAUUUCUAUCAUAAUAAUAAUCAAUUCACAAUAACCGAUCAAACUCUUUAUAAUCAAAAAUGUAAACAAAAAUAUAAACUUUAUAAGAAAUCAAAUAGUUUCUAUCAUCAUCAUCAUCAUAAUCAUCAUCAUUCUCUUCAUUAUCAUAAUCAUAUUAAAUAUAAACAAAAUAGUUAUUCUAUAUUAUCGAAUCAUCAUUAUAAUAAUUCUAUACAAGAUAAUAAUUAUGAUUGUUAUUCAAGACAUAUUUCAAAAAAUAUUGAUCAGAUUCAUAAUGAUGAUCAUGAUCAUGAUCAUGAUCGUGAUCAAUGUAAAUAUCGAUCCAAAAUAAUAAUGAAUUCAUUGGAUCAAACUAAUUCUACUACUAUGUUACAUUGUCAACAUUGUUUAUUUAAAAUGAAUAAAGGAUAUAUGAAUGGACAAUGUAAUAAUAAUAAUAAUAAUAAUAAUAAUAAUAAUACUGUAAAUGACAAUUCCACUUCAACUAUGUUAUGUUGUAAUCAUUGUAAACAAUGGUUUAUUCCAUUAUGGAAUCAAGUACAUUAUUAUUCAAGAAAUAAACGAAAUAUUUCAAAAGAUGAUAAUUUAACACAUAGAUCCUACAACCAUCACUAUUAUCAUCGUUCAUCAAGUCAACCACAAACUAAACAUGAAAGAAUAAUUCAAAAUCAUUUCUCUAAAAAUCAUCGAUAUAAUCACAAUGAUGAGUACAGGACAUCGUUAGAGCAAACAUUUAUGAAUAAUGAUACUAAUAAUAAUAAUAAUCUUCAAUGUUCAAAUAUACAACAUCGAAUACAAUUCAAUCAACAAUCAUAUAAAAAACAAUCAAAACAUCGAUAUAAACGUACUAAACGACGUGCUAAAUCAUAUUUACCUAUUCAUCGUUUACUUUCAAAUGAUAUAAACAAUCAAGUAAAUGAUACAUCAACCAAAUUGAAUCAUUAUAAAUUAGAAUCAUAUAAAUCUCAAAAACAAAUAGAUCAUCAAUUUAUGAUGAAUAAAAAGGAUAAAAUCAUUGUAGAUCCUUCAUUUGAUCUCAAUCAACGGUUGAUCCAUUUAAAACACGAUCAUAAAUUUAAACGUUAUAAUCGAAAAUAUUUAGGACAAUUAAAUGUUCAAGAAUGGUUAAAUAAAACAUUAACAAAUAAUUAUUAAUUAAAUAAAAUCAAUAAAAUUCUGAUCAUUGAUACGAAAAAAAUAAUAAUCAUAAUAUAAUGUAAUUUUUCCAUUGUAAUAUAACGAUGGAUGCUUGUUUUAUAAUUUUUGUUGAACAAAAU